UCUUGAGGUACAUAUCUUAGCAAAUAAUGGAAGCUGAUCAGCUUCAGAUGGAGCUCAGUUGUGAACAGUUAACUUUUGCGGAGGAAACCUUCACAGAAACGAAGAAAUCGGUCAUCAAGCAGAAAGAAGAGGUUGAUGAUCAGCGCAGACUGGUGGAUUUCAGCCGGAUUCCCCUCAUCAUCCUGCACCGAAUAGACUCACUACAGCACCCUGUGAAGAAGGAGGAGGAGGUUCUUGCCGACCAACAGAUCUGUGACCAAGAAAGAAACUGUAGUUUCAAACAGGAGGAACCAGGCCCUCUGAAGAUAAAAGAAGAACAUGAUGAUCUAGAAUAUCUGCAUAUUAAAGAAGAAAAGGAUCUGUCCACAAGUCAUGAUGAGGAGCAGAAGGAGUUGAAGCAGGAGAUUCUGAACACUGAACCGAACAGAGACAAGCUGGUCUCUCAAGAUUGUGUUAAAGUGGAGAAUAAGAAUGAGGAAAUAAGCAAUCCUAAAAGCUCAGAAUCAGCAGGAGAAAACGGUUGUCAGGAAACUGUAAAGCAUGAGGAGGGUUUAAAACAAAAUGGAGACGAGAUUCAGAAUCAUGUACUGUAUUUGCAUGAAACGUCAAGUGAAAAUGUUUCUCAAAAUGGUAACGUGUUUAUAAUAAUUACGAAUCAUUCGUUUGAAAAUCCUGUUUCCAGUGUGACCUGUGAACAAAGUUCGAUACCAAAGACCCAGAAUAUAAAUAAGACACCGUUUACCUGUAUCACCUGUGGUAAAAGUUUCACACAAAAAUUUACUUUAACUGAUCACAUUAGAAUUCACACCGGCGAGAAACCUUUUUUGUGCACGAUCUGCGGAAAAGGGUUCAGUCGAAGAAACGUUUUGUCUGAUCAUACAAAAAUUCACACAGGGGAGAAGUCUUUUUCUUGUGUGACCUGUGGAAAAAGCUUCAGUCGAAGUGAUGGUUUAGCUAAACAUGUGAGAAUUCACACAGGUGAGAAGCCAUAUUCAUGUAUAACCUGUGGGAAAAGUUUCACUCAAAAAUGUCAUUUAACUGAUCACAUGAGAAUUCACACGGGUGAGAAACCUUAUUCCUGCAACACCUGUGGAAGAAGUUUCAGUCAUAGAUAUAAUUUAUCUAAUCAUAUGAAGCUUCACACAGGUGAGAAGCCAUUCUCCUGUUUGACCUGUGGUAAACGUUUUGGUCAAAGAUAUAAUUUAUCUAAUCAUAUUAAGAUUCACACGAAUGCAAAGACGUUUCCCUGCGUGGUGUGUGGAAAAAAUUUCAACAAAAAACAACCUUUAUCCAAUCAUAUGAGAAUUCACACAAGUAAGAAACCUUUUUUGUGUUUGACCUGUGGAAAGCGUUUCAGUGUUCAACAAAAAUUAUCCAUUCACCUGAAAAAACAU